AGAUUCAGUUUGCAGGUCAGCACCAGCCACAUGGGUGCCGGUACAAGCUUGCGGUUUCAGUAUGAAUAGGCAAGUGGUGAAGUCUGAUUCUGCAGCCAUUUACAUCCCUGUGUUGGGAUUUGAAGUACCGCCAGCAUCACAGAAAGGCAGCCUGUCGACUGUUGAAGGAAUGCUCAGGAGAGCAGCUGAUGGGCUCCGCGAGUCGCAGGAUGAGCGGCGGAAAAUGGAUCCUGCAGUCGUGGACGCAGUCAAUGCAUUCUUAGAAAAGUUAGACGGUUGUGUUCAACGCAAGUGCGCAUUCACACUGAUCCUCGAUGACCCUGCUGGAAACAGCUUCAUUGAAAAUCCUAGAGCUCCAGUAAAAGAUCCUUCGAUGUCGGUUACAUUCUAUGCGCGCUCCAAAGAGCAGACUCGGGCGCUUGGGUUCUUGACAGAUGACAUGGUGUUGUCCGACUAUCAAGGAGGUGCAGGGACGGAGGCGGAGCAGGUCGUCGCCACGCCAGUUGACGGGGGUGACGCUGACGAUGGUGGCAAUGCCGCAGUUGCAGUGAGUGCCCGGAGUGGCGGUGGUCCCAGCAACACUGCUGCAACGAAGUAUGUGCCUGCGGUAAUACACCGACCACAUGGAGCCGUGGGUGCUGUCGCAGCAAACUGUGUGAUUGCUCAGGCCACUACAGGAAAACCUGGGUUGACAGAGUCCUACAACAUGGGCAAACUCACGAUAAAGGUGCCUGGGGAAGAUUAUGUGCUGGAAGGAGAAGCAGCUCACCUAAGGGCCAGUGAUGAAAAAGUCGAAGAGGUGACAAAAGUGCUAGCACUUCUUCCUGAAUCAACGAGGCUGCUGUUCCUGCGGCAGCUUGCUGCUGCGAUCACUGAUCUUCCCUAUCCAACAUCUUUGUCACCCACGAAAGUUCAUGGGUAUCCCGACCGGUUCCAGUGGGACAAGCCUUCCUCACCAAAAGCAUUUUGGAGACGAAAGGGGUCGGCCGAAGACCAAUGGAGCAGUCUUUGGUCAGGCAGCGCGAAGCCGGUGAAACUGCGCGAUCUCGCAAAAAUUUUGGCAGUCUGCAACUACCCUGGUUAUGGCGACGACUUAGCCACCAGCACAUCCACACCAGCAGAUGGGCAACAGACCUGCGAGGAAGGUGAGACUGCUGUCGGGACCGGCAAAGCAGGCAUUCCCAGGCAAGGUGUGCAGUCACUCUCCGAUGGUAAGGAGCCUCCUGCUCGUUCAGUGUCCGCCAGGUCCACCUCUGCCGAACCCAGAGAUGGCCUCCAGGGCAACGGCGGCGGAAAUCACCCUGAAGUUGAAUUCUUUUCCGAAAGAAACACAAAGUGCACGCCAACGACUGCUCGACACCCAGACGACCCAAAGGUGCUGAAUUCCAGAAGUCAGCAGCACUCAAAAACUGCAAUAAACGCUGCUGAAGUCCCCGAGGCAAAGGGAAAUCGCGAUCCGGCCGUACAAAGCUCGGUCCAUGCAAACAGCGUCAGCGUGACAAAGGACAGACUGCCGCGUCCUCACUCUGCUGGCCCUUAUCGACCAGCGGAUGGCCACACCACCCUCGUGAUCAGAAGCGGUUACCAAACACAUCGUGAUAAGCCGCCGAAAGGUCAUCAGAAUCUUGCUGGUGGAAAGCCAAACAUUUACAGCAAGCACUCUGCCGAUUUGAAAGUGGCGUUUCAAAACCUUGGCAAAGCAAACGCUGCGGAGAAUGCGAGCCCAGGAUGCACGAGUCCCAUCAUCCAUGAGAGUUUGUGGACUUACGUCUGUCGACAAAAGCGAGGAUGUAUCUGUUGCGGGAAAACACAAGCAGAGAAGGAGAACGAUGCUCUUGCACUUACCUACCCGGGAGGACAGAAUACCCACUCUGCUGGCAUAUUGGUGGAGGCUGAUGCCGCACGGAAGGUAGGGGUGACAUCUCUCAUGUAACUCAUUUAUCCUUUAGAAUUGCAGGCCACUGUAAAUGUAUUGUAUGCUGGCAAGUAAAUAUAGUGUGUUCAU